ACACAGAGCACUCUGUGGUUAAAGGUAACUUAUUGAAAUGUUGCCCCCGCCGUCGCGCCAAGACAUGUCACGUGUAAUCCGUGUGAUCGUCUCCAUCCAAAGGCCACCGCAUCAACUUGCCUCUCAGCCUCGUUUGUGGCCUUGUUGAUGCAAGGUGUCAACUCUCAUCUCGACCAAGCUAGCACCAACCAAAACCCAAGCCAUGGCUGACCAGAUCCUCGACAAGGUUCGCGAUCUUGCGGAGGGCCAGAUUGACUUUGAGGGCCAAAGACUGUCCGAGUUGCUUGCCACGGUUGUGUUGGCUGUAGUGGGGGCUAUCGCGUUUGUUAUUGGAUUCGUUCGCCAAGAUAUUACUCUGGCCCUCUAUGUUGGUCUCGGCGGGACCGCCCUCGCGUUCGUCCUCAUCGUUCCGCCGUGGCCCUUCUUCAACCGGAACCCCGUCCCGUGGCUACCAGUGGGAGGUGCAAGGGCAGCGGGCUCGCAACAGGCGACGGGUGGGAUCGUGGUGGAUGGGAAGCAUGUCACGACUUGAUGGUCUGGGGGAAGGGGGAGUCAACGGGGUUAUAGGCAGCAAAAACAACAAAAUAUUUCCACCG